UAAUAACUCUAGAUUUUACUGCACACACGCUCACAGGGUUUGACACAAUAUCACAACCCGACUUAAAGACUAAUAAUGCUAAGUUACUUAUAACAGUUGAAAUUUAAAAAUCUCUUCUUCUUCAUCUCUCCAAUCUCCAUUGGAGACUCAAAGGAGUAUGUCCACUUCACCAGGAAAAGUCCUUUCAUCAUGGUAACAAAUUCCUUAUUAAUUACUUUUUCAUUUGAUAGCUCAAAAUCUGACUCAUAAAAUCUUCUCAGGAUUGCCAAGCCUGUGUCUUCAUCAGAUAUGGAGUUAUAUGUAAGUAAUUCUGUAACCUCAUUAGGCCAUUAUUAUAAUAAAUAUUAUUAUUAUAAUGAUGAUGAUAUUUGAUUAUAUCUUCACAGGAACUUCUGGCUACAAAAUGUGCCAACAUUUAUUCAAUUCUCAAACGUGGAUCACCAAAAGAUCUUCCUCCUUUUCUUGGUGAAAUUCCUGCGAAUUCAAAGACUAUGGGCCUUGUUAUAAGCUUCUGUCACGGCUAUGAAAUUCAUCUGUCAGGAGACAAUGUGGUUCCACUCUGUUGUGUUGCUCAUCACUUGGGAAUGAAUGAAACUCAUUCAAAAAUUAAUCUUUUGAAAAGGGCUCUUACUUACUUUGAACAAAGUGUCCUCUUUAGCUGGAAUCAAACCCUCAAGGCCCUUAAAACCACUGAAAACAUUCUUGAUCAAGCAGUGCAACUUGGCCUAGAUGGUGCUUGUUUCGAUUCUCUAAUGGCCAAGGCACUCUCCGAUCCUCGCCUUCUCGGAGAACCAAUCAACACUGACACUAGUAGUGAGGAGGAGGAAGAUGAAAUCGAAGACAAAGACAAAGAGUUUCAUCAUUGGCCAAGUGCGAGAAGAAGAUUGUUUGGACUGAAUUUGCAAAAUGAGGAUCUUACAACGCUGUCUCUCAGGCUCUAUGAACCUCUCAUCUGUGAAAUGGUGAAGAGAGGAGUGCCCUUAAGCUAUGCGACUUCUUCUCUUCUUAACUAUGUUAAGAAGUGGGUGUUUCCCACUUUCACAUCAGCUGCAACAGUGGAUAAAGAGAAGCUUUCCUUAUAUGAGAGCAAUUCACAGAGAGAAAUCAUUGAAGCUGUGGAGAGGCUUUUGCCACGUGAAAGAGGACUCAUCAUCCCUUGCACUAUAUUGCUCCGGAUUCUAAAGUCUGCAAUGUUUUUCAAUGCUAGCUUGGAGUGUAGAGAUGGUUUGGAGUUUAGGAUUGGAACAAGUCUUCAUCAUGCAACUGUCAAAGAUCUUCUGAUACUCUCUCAAAACCAAGUUUGCAGCAGGGAAGUUAAGUAUGACAUUGAUUGUAUAAGAAGGAUUUUGAAGCAAUUUUAUGGGAACUACUCAAGUUCCCAUUUGUCAGGUUUGAUUUUAGUGGCUGAGUUAUUUGAAGAGUUCUUGGCUGAAAUUUCUAGUAGUGACAUAGAUUUGAAGUUAGAGACAUUCAUUGAAUUGGCUGAGCUGUCAGUUAGUCUAUCUAUGGGAACUCAGAAAAAGUCUGAUGGAUUAUAUAAGGCCAUUGACAUAUACUUGGACAAGCAUAGAUAUCUAACUGAAUCAGAGCGAGAGAAAGCCUGUCAACCUUUGGAUUUCAACAAAAUGUCAGAAAAAGCUUGUGAUCAUGCCGCGAAAAAUGAGAGGCUGCCAGUGAGGGUGACCGUGCAGAUAUUGUUUGUGGCACAAAUGCAGCUCAGAGACUCAAUCAUGAAGGAGGUUCAAGGUAGCCGUCGGUUUGGCGAGAAAGAGGAUGAGUUGGAGGAGGAAGAUGAAGAAGAAAAAGUAGUAAGAGGAGGAUUUGGUGAGGAGAGGAUGAGGACAGAGAUGGAGAAGAUGAGCAUGAAGCUGGUGGAGCUUGAAAAGGAGUGCUGUGUGAUAAAGAAAGAGAUUGAGAGAGACGAGAGUUUCAGAAUUGAGAAGAAGAAUGAGAAAGAGAAGAAGAUGAGUUUGUGGAGAGAAAUGAAGAGAAAAUUUGCGUGCAUUAGAAAUAGUAGUAAUGUCAGUGAUUCCAACUGCCAUGGAAAGAAUAAUAAUAAAAAGAAGAAGGUGUAAUAAUCAUAAUAGAGAUGAUAGUAUAAUGUAAAAGAUGGUACUACCUUUUGUUAGGAUUUAUAAAACACUUAAGAAAUAUAUAAAUCGCAGAUCCAAAC